GAGGACGGCAUCCCCGUGUUCGUGCCGACAAUGGAGCAGUUUGUCGAUUUCUACGCGUAUAUGUCCGCUAUCGACGCGUGGGGCAUGCGAUCCGGCAUCGUCAAGGUCAUCCCGCCCAAGGAGUGGGUCGAGGCGCUGCCGUCCAUCCGUCAGUCGGACAUCGUCGCCGCCUCCGACGCGGCUGUGGCUGUGGCGUCGUUGGAGGCGGUGCGCAUCCGCUCGGCGAUUGAGCAGAACUUCACAAUGGCCGGCAGCGGCGUGUGGCGUCAGACGAACGUCGUCAAGCCCGCCAAGGUGGGUAGCAGCGAAUGGCGCAAAGGGCAAGAGCAGUCUCUUCCACGACGAUAUCAUGGGCGCCAGGACGCGGAGCGGCAAGAUCAGGAUGCCAUGAAGGAGGAUGAUAAUGAAGGCGAACAUGUAGACGGGACGGCUGGCUUGGUGGUGCCAAUUGCAAAAGACUGGACGCCGGAAAUCUGCCGUCAGAUCGAGGGCGAGUACUGGCGCGGCCUCAACGGCGGAGCAGCCCCAAUGUACGGCGCGGAUCAAGAGGGCACACUCUUCACGCCUCGCACAAAGAGCUGGAAUGUCGGCUCGCUCGACAACAUCCUCACCCGCUUGCGGCUCAAGGGCCGCCUGCCAGGCGUCACAACGCCCUACCUCUAUCUCGGCAUGUGGCGUGCGACGUUUGCGUGGCACGUGGAGGACAUGGAUCUCUAUUCGAUCAACUACAUCCACUUUGGCGCACCCAAGCAGUGGUACGCGAUCAGGCAGUUCGACCGCCAGCGCUUCGAAAACGUCAUGAAGGCCGCCUUCCCACAGGAUAGCGGCCGCUGCUCGCAGUUCAUGCGCCACAAAUCGUACCUCGCUAGCCCGACGUACCUGCGCGAGCGCGGCAUCGAGCCGCUGCGUCUCGUUCACCAUGCGCAGGAGUUCGUCAUCACGUAUCCGUUCGGCUACCACAGCGGUUACAACCUCGGCUUCAACUGCGCCGAGUCAGUCAACUUUGCCCUUGAGCCGUGGCUCGACAUCGGCCGCAAGGCCAACUACUGUCACUGCGUUGACUACAGCGUACGUGUCAACGUCGAUGCACUGAUCGAGGAGAGCAACGAGAUG